GAUUAAAAGGCAACAUGAAAAUUAUAGGGUUUAUUGGUUUUUAAAAACCCAACUGUUAAGUGCAAAUUUAAACGAAACCGGUUUUCGAAAAUAGCUAGCUAGGCUAUAGACUAUAUAGUAUAUACCGCAUGUUAUUUUUGUACAACAACAACUUCAGCUGUCGAACGUUAUAAGGUACAAAUUCAACAAGUACAACAUUAGCACGGACGGUAUAGCCAAGUUGUGGUUAAGAAGGUGGAUUUUGUUCCUUAUAUUUACCAGAAACGAAGUGAUCCGAACACACGACCCGGGACUUUGGGGGACUCCAGUGAGAACCGUCGUCGUUUUCCCGGUGUAAAGCUGCGAGCCAUUUGUCUCGUCUCUGUGGGCUUUUAUCACGCUUUGGCAGAACAAAAUACAACCUUUGUUUUCCCUGUUUCCAGUUGUGGUUAGCACAACCAAAAACAACACAGUUUUUCGGCAUUUUGGAGGCAGAAUGACGGGUUUAACCAGCGUAGGUCGACAGGUUAAAGAGUAAUGGCAACGGUUUGUUUUCAACGCCAGUCUGGUUGCUAUGGCUCGAAGAACCCGUACGUAGCUCAGUUGCCCGGAUGUCGGCCCUCACCUAUACGCCGUACUUGGAACAUGUUCUCCGUGCCAUUUGCUGUUUGAUGCCCGAUAUCAUGCCAAUGAGCUGCCUGAAAGCGGGUCUGGUUUAGUCCCGGCAUCCCCUUUUGCUACACAGCCAACAUGGCGAUGAUUGAGGGUGGCCAGACUCUAUUGUUACACACUGGUCAUUUGAGUCUCCUGAUCAUGAACAAACGCAAGUCCAAAGAUGCUCCAUUACCAGUUGGGGAAUGCAUCACACAGCUUCAGACGUGUCUGAGAGAGCGACUUUGCAAUCAGCAACUCCCCAGCAGGCUGGAGGCGUCGGAGGCCCAACACAAACACUUGCUGGAGCUGCUGAAGCGGACGGCCAUCCACGGGGAAAGUAACUCGGUGCUGAUCGUAGGUCCCAGGGGAACGGGGAAAACCACGCUCCUCGGGUGUGUGUUGCGAGACCUGCUGCAAGAAAAGGAAGUGCGGAACAACCUCUUGCAGGUCCGACUCAACGGCCUCCUGCAGACCGACGACAGAAUAGCCCUGAAGGAAAUAACGCGACAACUCCACCUGGAAAAUGUCGUUGGGGACAAAGUGUUUGGGAGCUUCGCAGAGAACUUGGCUUUCCUGUUGGAGGCGCUGAGAAAAGGCGAUCGCAGCAACACCCGUCCAGUCCUGUUUGUCCUAGAUGAGUUUGACCUGUUCGCCCACCACAAGAACCAGACGCUGCUCUACAACCUGCUGGACGUGUCCCAGUCGGCACAAUCUCCAGUGGCUGUGGUCGGCCUCACCUGCAGACUGGACGUCCUGGAGCUGCUGGAAAAGCGAGUGAAGUCGCGUUUUUCCCACCGUCAGAUCCACCUGCUCAGCAGCCUGACCUUCCCUCAGUACCUCGACCGAGUGCGAUCCCAGCUCAGCUUGUCGGACGGCUUUCCAGACGGGAAGUUCCGCGAAGACUGGAACGACAGUGUCCAGAGUCUUUGUGAAGACAAAUCGGUGGAGGAAGUUUUACAGAGACAUUUUCACUCCAGUAAAGAUUUCCGCUCUUUGCACACGCUGCUGAUGUUGUGUUUAAGUGGCGUGUCUGCAGUUAAUCCCAGCAUCAAACCAGCAGACGUGCUGGAAGCCAGCAGACUUUGUUUCAGCGAUGCCCAGUCCAACAUGCUUCACGGUCUUUCCAUCCUGGAGCUGUGCCUGGUCAUCGCCAUCAAACACCUCAACGACGUCUACCAGGGCGAGCCCUUCAACCUGCAGAUGGUUCACAACGAGUUUAAGAAGUUCCUGCAGAGAAAGUCCAACUCCAUGUACAACUUUGAGCCGGCGGUGAUCAUGAAGGCCUUCGAGCAUCUGCAGCAGCUGGAGCUGAUCAGACCCGUAGACGGCUCCUCGGCCAGAACUCAGAAGGAGUAUCAGCUGAUGAGACUGGCGCUGGACCACAGUCAGAUCAUGGAGGCCAUGCAGAAGUACCCACAAUGCCCCACUGACAUCAAGCAGUGGGGCAUGUCAGCGUUCGGAUAGAAAUGGAAUAUAAAUGCUGGAUUUUGUUUGUGCUCCGACAUUAAAGGCCUACUGAAAGCCACUACUAGCGACCACGCAGUCUGAUAGUUUAUAUAUCAAUGAUGAAAUCUUAACAUUGCAACACAUGCCAAUACGGCCGGGUUAACUUAUAAAGUGACAUUUUAAAUCUCCCGGGAAAUACCUGGCUGAAAACGUCUUGGUAUGAUGACGCUGCGGAUGUGACGUCACAAGUUAGACAGGACAUUUUAGUCCAGCACCGCGGCCAGCUUAAAGUCGUCAGUUUUCAUCUCAUUAUUCCACAGUAUUCUGGACAUCUGUGUUGGUGAAUCUGUUGCAAUUUGUUCAUUGCAUUAUGGAGAAAGAAGCUGAGCAAGCAAAGAAGAAAGUUGUCGGUGCGAAGCGGAGUAUUUUGCGAGGGAAGUCAGCAACACAACACAGUCGGGUGUUUCAUUGUUUACAUUCCCGAAAGAUGCAGUCAAGAUGGAAGAACUCGGACAACAGAGACUCUUACCAGGAGGACUUUGACUUCGAUACACAGACGCCUGUGGAGAACUGGGACAACACCGACUCUUACCAGGAUUACUUUGAUUUGGAUACACAGACGCAGAACCGUGAGUACGCAGCUGCGCUUCCAAACAUUUGAUCGCUUGCCCGUACAUGCGUGUCACGUACGUAACUUUGGUUAAAUAUAUGAGCUUUAUGAACCUUGGGUUAGGUGAACGGUCCUUUGGGCUGAGUGAUUGUGUGUGUUGUGCAGGUGUUUGAAUUGUAUUGGCGGGUUGGCUAGUAGCUAGGAGCUAGCAUAACAAACACCUAGGUGUUUGUUAUGCGGGAUUAAUUUGUGGCAUAUUACCGUAAUUUCCGGACUAUAAGCCGCACCUGACUAUAAGCCGCACCAGCUAAAUUUAGGGGAAAAUACAGAUUGCUCCAUAUAUAAGCCGCACCCGACUAUAAGCCGCAGGGUUUUGAUGUGUAAUUAGCGUAGUAUAUAGGGGUUCCUGCUACCACGGAGGGGAUUGUCGGGACAGAGAUGACUGUUUGGGAACGCAAAGCGUCCCAUUUAUUAACAAUAAAUCUUUCAAUCAUUCAAUCAAACUUUCACAUCUUUGACAUGGCGAACAGCAUUCGUGCAGAGUACAAAUAAUACAACGGUGCAAAGUAAUACAAAGUGCUCGCCUGUACGUUAUCAAAAUAACCAGCCUACCGGUAUGUGAAAAGUCAGUCUUUAAUCAUUGUGUCAUCGUCUUCCUCCUGCGUACUAAAACCACCGAAAUCCUCUUCGUCGUGUCGGAGAAGAACAGGCCAUAAAUAAGCCGCACCGUUGUAUAAGCCGCAGGGACCAGAACGAGGGGGAAAAGUAGCGGCUUAUAGUCCGGAAAUUACGGUAAAUAUAAGCCUGGUUGUGUUGUGGCUAAUAGAGUAUAUAUAUGUCUUGUGUUUAUUUACUGUUGUAGUCAUUCCCAGCUGAAUAUCAGAUCACAGCAUCUUCCCUAUCUGAAUAGCUUCAACUCCCCACUAGUCCUUCACUUGCACUUUCCUCAUCCACAAAUCUUUCAUCCUCGCUCAAAUUAAUGGGGAAAUUGUUGCUUUCUCCGUCCAAAUCGCUCUCACUUCUGGCCGCCAUCAUUGUAAACAAUAGGGAACUUUGCGGGAAUGUUCUACUGACUACGUCACGCUACUUCCGGUAGGGGCAAGCCUUUUUUUUGUCAGAUACCAAAAGUUGCGAUCUUUAUCGUCGUCGUUCUAUACUAAAUCCUUUCAGCAAAAAUAUGGCAAUAUCGCGAAAUGAUCAAGUAUGACACAUAGAAUAGAUCUGCUAUCCCCGUUUAAAUAAAAAAAUGUCAAUUCAGUAGGCCUUUAAACAUGAAACUAAUGCAUUGAUCUUGUUGGAGGUUUUCAUCUAUUGCACACUGCAAAAACUGCAAUCUAAGUAAGAUGAAAUAUCUCAAAUAAGGGAGAUAUUUGCUUAUUUUCUGUCUGAUAAGAUCAUUCUUCUCACUAAGCAGAUUUGAUGUUAGAGUGUUUUACUUGUUUUAAGUGUUUUGGUCCUAAAUGAUCUCAGUAAGAUAUUACAGCUUGUUGCUGAGAUUUGAUGAGCUAUAUUGAGUAAAACAUGCUUGAAACUAGAAUAUCAACUGUUGUGUCAUCAACACUCACAAGUAUAAAACUACUUUUUUAAAGUCAUCAUUUCUUAUUUCAAGCAUGAAAAAAAAAAUCAUGAUCAUAUUUGUUUUUCUACCAAGAAAAGUGCACUUCUUAUUAGUGAGAAUAUACUUAUUUUAAGGUAUUUUUAAGGUUCAUUGAGGUUAGCUAAUUUGACUUGUUUUGGAAAGUCCUGACAAGCCAAAUUUUCUUGUUCUAUUGGCAGAUAAUUUUGCUUAGUUCACCCACAUCUGCGGUCCCCUCCAAGGUUUCUCAUUGUCAUCACACUGGGUUGAGUUUUUCCUUGCCCUGAUGUGGGCUCUGAACCGAGGAUGUCGUUGUGGCUUGUGCAGCCCUUUGAGACACUCUGGGAUUUAGGGCUACAUAAAUAAACAUUGAUUAAUUGA